AUGUCACCCGUGGCAUCUACAUGUCUACUUUGUGAGAUGAGAACUGUUGUCUGGGGCUGGCAGCCCGCCGUCCCUCAACCAUGGCAUUUUGUCCGCUUCGCUUCGUCCGCCAGGCUGGCCCGGCGCAAACCCGCGCGUAUGGCUCUAUCCCCGAAUGUUGCAAGAUCCUCUGACCGGUUCAAGGAUUCCAAGAAGAAGCCUCCCCCGACGUUCAAGAAUAACCCCUUUGGAGGAAUGAACCAAACUAGAGCUCGGCUACCUGAUCGCCCAAUACCCCGGUCCGAUGCGCAGCUGAAAAGAUCUUCGUCAGAUCUGAAUAAUAAGGAAAAGGAUGCUGCGGACAAGAAACAGGAUGGCUCGCUUUUCAGAGCUCUGAAAAUGCAAAUUGCCCUGUCGCCAAUACCUUACUCGCGUCGCAAUAGAAUUAAGGAAAAAAUCGCUGCUAUUACCAGUUUUGAUCAGUUCCCGCUCCUCCCUCAAGUACGAGAUGCGGUCUACGCGAAUGCGUUCCCAACGCUUACCGAAAUCUCCCCGACUCCUAUCCAACGUGUAGCUAUUCCAGCACUGCUUAGGCCACCCAUCUCCGGGACGGAGAAGAACAAGAGGAAGAAGAAGCAGGAAGAAGAGGAAGAAGAACUGUUCCAUUUCGACCAAUUCCUGCUGGCCGCUGAAACGGGGACUGGCAAAACUCUAGCAUAUCUUCUGCCAAUCAUAAACUGGAUCAAGCAGGCUGAGAUGGUAGAGAAAGACACGGAAUUGAUGGAUAAUGAGGAAACGCAGCAGGGACUAACGGAGAAGAGCAAAGAAAAUCUAUUUGAACUUGAGGCUCCGGAGUUGGCCACACCUGAACAUUCAAACGUCGCACGACCCCGAGCUAUUAUUUUAGUGCCAACAGCAGAGUUGGUAGAACAAGUUGGGAAACUCGCAAAGCAGCUUUCACAUACCGCCAAGUUUCGCUCUGCAACGAUUUCUUCCGUCUAUACUCCUCGCAGAAUUACAAACAGCCUCUUCAACCCCGCCGGAAUUGAUAUCCUCAUUUCUACCCCUCAUCUUCUUACCUCAAUUGCCAAAACCAACCCAUAUAUUCUCAGUCGCGUCGCUCAUCUCGUCAUCGAUGAAGCGGACUCUCUCUUAGAUAAAUCCUUUUCGCCCCUCACAUACUCCAUUAUCGAAAAGACAGCUCCGUCACUGACACAACUGAUCCUUUGCUCCGCCACUAUCCCCCGAAGUCUCGACUCCCUUAUGGAAAAGAAAUUCCCAGAAAUGAAGCGUCUCGUCACACCAAAUCUCCACGCCAUCCCGCGCAGAGUCCAACUUGGCGUCGUGGACGUGGACAAGGACCCAUACCGCGGAAACAAAAAACUCGCUUGCGCGGAUAUAAUCUGGUCCCUAGGCAAAGCAGGGGUAACCCAAGAAGAUGCCCCCGACGACGGCUACCCAGCCUCCCUCUUCCCCGAACCAAAACAUAUCAUUGUCUUCGUCAACGAGCGCGAAACAACAGAGGAUGUAGCUGCAUUCCUCAGCCAGAAGGGCAUCCAUACGGCCGCACUUUCACGAGAUACACCGGACCAGCGCAAGGAUGAGAUUCUCGCUGAAUUUACCCACGUCAAACCACUCCCCAGCCCCCAAGAGGUCAAAGACGCGCAGCGGAACAAGAGGAAUUGGUUCUCUGACUCAGUUCCAUUUGCCAGAGAUGAAAACUCACACCUGGGCCCACAGAGGAAUCUCCGCGAUACCAAGGUACUUGUCACGACGGAUCUUGGCUCUCGCGGUAUUGACACCGUCGCGGUGCGCAAUGUUAUUUUGUUCGAUGUUCCGCACACCACCAUUGACUUCAUCCAUCGACUAGGUCGUACGGGUCGCAUGGGAAGGAGAGGACGUGGAAUUGUUUUGGUUAGCAAGAAGGAUCGGAAGGAUGUUGUGAAGGAGGUGAGGGAGGCCAUGUUUAGAGGGCAGGCGUUGAUAUAG